AUGGCUUCGUGUAAUACCAAAACUGGUAAUUUGGCUCAGGGGUUCAUCGGUCAGAACCGUCGCAACCAGUAUGAGAAAGAGCUCCAGCGUGGGAGAAUCUACACACUGACAAACUUCUAUGCAUCCAACAGCAAGGUGAUGUACCAUGUUGCUGAUCAGAGGCUGGUAAUCUGCAUCUCACACGCCUCUGCCAUGUCGAAGGAUGAAGAAGACAUUGAAGGCAUUUUGACAGAGCGCUUCAGAGUCCAUUCCUUUUUAGACUUUGAAGCAAACUGCGAUCUCAGAGGGGAUCUUCACGAUAUUGUUGGCCACCUUAAGCUGGUUGAUGGCCAGGCUCUCCAUCAGCGUCCGGUUUUGUGCACCAAGGAUGACUCAGCUUCUCGGAAAGUGAUGGUCCAUUUGCAGCUUAAAGACGGUCCAGUGAUUAACGUCUAUCUAUGGGACGAGGCCGCAGUAAGUUUCCGCCUGAAGUUUGAUGCAAGUGAAGCCACUCCAACGGUUCUUUUGGUCACAACGGUCAAUCCUAAAAGCCUCGGUGGGAAAUUGUGUCUAAUUUCAAUGUCCUCUUCAAGAGUGUUUUUGGACGAAGAUGUUGACCCCACCAGGGAAUACCUGACCUGGUUAGUAUUAGCUAAUGUCCUCUUCAAUCUAUAG